CGACGCACCCCAAGCGGCAGCAGAUAACUUGGUUCCCAGGCUCAUCCUUGCCGCGGAGUUUACACAGCUAUUAAAAAGGGGAUUCACCAGGCUAUUGGAGUUCUAAUGUGAAAUAGAAAUAUGCUUUGCCAAUGCGAAUGUAUCCAUAGAAUCUACACAUAUUCUUUUAUUGUUUCUUUAAGACGACGUUUUUCAUCAAAGGUGCCAGAAAAACCAACAUGGUGGCCCGGUGAUAAAUGCGGAUCUAAGUUGUCCAAGGAACCAAAUAUAGACAAAGAGAUAGUGAUUUUACUGGAGCGCCUAUCUUUGGUUCAGUUUAAUAAUCAGGAGGCUGUUGAUCGCUUAAAUAAGGCUGUGCAGUCAGCAAAUCGGCUAUAUUCAGUCAACACUGAUAAUGUGGAGCCAAUGGAUUCAGUUCUAGAAGAUAGAAAGUUGUACUUGAGAGAUGACACUGUGAUGGAUGGGAAUUGUCUAACUGAUAUCUUAAAGAAUGCAUCAAAAACCAUUGAGGACUAUUAUGUUGCUCCACCAGGAAAUAUUCCUCUGAGGCAUAAGGAUAGAGAUUAUGGAAAUGAUUAAUCAACACAUUAAAAAAGAAAAAUUGCUUAAAUUAUGGGCUAUGAGUGCUUUGUUACAGUGUGAAAUAAAUUAGCAACUUAAUUAAAAUGUGAUAAUUAUAAUUAUUACAUUUUGCAUCAAGAUCAACACAGAAUGUAGUAAUACAGAAUGUAAUAACACAUUCUUUGGAUCAUUACAUUUUGCAUCAUUAUAUUUUGCAUUGAGGUCAACACAAGAU